UAGUGAAGAGAAUAAAUAUCUAUUUUUAGUGAGAAGAUGACCUAAUUAUAAAUUUAAUAGAGUUUUUCCUUCUUUUUUUGCAUUAUUAAUGAAUAUUAUAUCAUCUUGUAAAUGUAUGUGCCUGUAAUUAACAAGAACUGGUCAUCUUAUCCCUAAACCAAGGCAACAUACACAACCAAAGGAAAGCACAAAUUUUGAAACAGUUUACCCACAAAAGCUACCAUCUAUAUAUGUCUAUAUUAGUCUUGGUCCCUCUCACACCACACAUUUCCUAACCGAAUUAACUGUUUCUUUUCUUUUCUUUUUAAAUUUCUAUUAUUGUAUUGCCUCUAUCCCUCUCUCUGUGUCUCCAAUAUAUUUAUAUAUAUAAAAGGCCUGUAAUCUACUUCCCAAUCCAGAGCCCUCGGGGCAAUAUAGAAUAACUACUCGUUCAGGCGAGCCCCAAGAGCUCUGUAGAGAUACAUUGCCUCCACAUUUUGUUUUCCUUCAUUAUCUUUUCUCUUUUGUUUUUGGUGGUGCUGUAGGUUUUUAAUAAGCUAAAAAUAUUCAAGAUGACUUACGGGUAUGAUGGAGCCGAAGAUGCAGCCCAAAGGAAGAAGAAGGUCGCCGUUAUUGGCGUCUCAUCAAUUAUCCUGGUUGCUAUGGUAGUUGCAGUGGCGGUUGGGGUCAAUGGCGACCCAAAUGCUGGUGGUUCGUCUGCAGAAUCCAGCUCUGCUAACCAGAUAUCCACCUCCUCCAAGUCAAUACAGGCCAUUUGCCAACCAACAGAUUAUAGACAAACCUGCGAGACUAGUCUCACCGAAGCUGCAGGUAACACCAGUGACCCUCACAAGCUUGUGCAGGCAGGUUUCCAGGUUGCCAUUGAUUCUCUUCGUGAAGCCAUCAAGAACUCCACUACAUUGCGAGAAGUUGCAGAAGACCCAAUGGCAAAGCAGGCUCUUGAUAAUUGCGAAGAACUAAUGGAUGAUGCAAUUGAGGAUCUCAAGACUUCUUUUAAGCAGGUUGGAGAUUUUGAUAUUAGCAAACUGGAUGAGUACGUGGCUAACCUCAAAAUUUGGCUCAGUGCCACCAUCACUUACCAGCAAACUUGUUUGGAUGGAUUCGAUAACACCACUGGUCCUGCUGGGCAGAAAAUGAGGGAAAUCUUGACCCUUUCUAGCCAACUUACUAGUAAUGGACUUGCUAUGGUCACUGGCCUCUCUUCCAUCCUCAAGGAUUUGAGCCUUGCAGGACUUACAGGCCGUAGGCUCCUAAAUGACAAUGGUUUACCUUCAUGGGUGACACGAGAAAAGGAGAGAAUCCUCGCCGAAACUGCUGCAACAAUUAAGCCUGAUAUGACUGUUGCUCAGGAUGGAAGUGGUCAGUACAAGACUAUUAAUGAAGCCGUGAAGAAUAUCCCCAAGAAGAGAAACACAACCUUUGUUCUCUACAUCAAGGCAGGUAUCUACAAGGAGCAAGUCACCAUCUCAAGGAGCAUGACCCAUAUCAUGAUGAUCGGAGAUGGCCCUACAAAGACAAAGAUCACUGGAAGUCUCAGCUACGCUGGUGGCGUCCAAACAUUCAAAACAUCAACAGUCUCGGUCAGUGGAAGCCACUUCAUUGCCAAGGACAUUGGAUUCGAGAAUACUGCAGGAGCCAUUGGACACCAAGCCGUAGCACUCAGGGUACAAUCUGAUAUGUCCAUCUUCUAUAAUUGUCGAAUGGAUGGCUACCAAGACACACUCUAUUCCCACACCUACCGUCAAUUCUAUCGUGAUUGCACAAUCACCGGCACCAUUGAUUUCAUCUUCGGUGACGCAGCUGCAGUCUUCCAAAAUUGCAACCUUGUGGUUAGGAGGCCAUUGGAAAGCCAGAGAUGCAUCAUAACUGCUCAAGGAAGGAAUAACUCACGCCAAGCCACUGGUUUCGUCAUCCAAAACUGCACCAUCACAGCAGCCCCAGAUUACUUCCCUUUCCGGUUCCGCAAUGCAGCCUAUCUUGGUCGGCCAUGGAGGCAGUACUCAAGAACCAUCUACAUGCAAUCUCAAAUAGAUGAUUUGAUCGACCCAGAGGGUUGGAUGCCAUGGAUGGGUAGCUUUGGCCUCGACACUUGCUCUUACUCUGAGUACGAUAAUAGAGGACCUGGUGCUGUUGCCACCAAAAGAGUGACAUGGAAGGGUAUCAAGAAGGUCUCUCCAGAGGAAGCUGAUGGCUUCACUGCCGCUAAGUUCAUCGACGGAGACCUUUGGAUUCCGGCUACCGGCGUGCCUUAUACUCCUGGCAUGAUCAAGCUAUAAAGAAGGAGGGACAACAAAGUUUAUUGUUAUUACAUAUAUAAAAUUUACUAUAACACUUACACUUGCUUCUUUCUAUUAAUUAUUAAAAAUAUAUAUAUUUUAUUUUAUAUGUCUUCUAUAUUUUUUUUUAUUUUAUGGCAAUUUAUGAAUUUUAUUUUGAUUGCAUUGAAGUAAUUAAUACUCACAUG